AUGGCCGCCACAGCUACUAUCUCUGCUCUCCCACCUGCGUCCGCCCCAACCUUUGGUAUCACGCCUGCUGCUUUACCCCCACCUGGUCAACCGGAUAUCUCCUAUCACCCAGAUUGGGACAAAUACCAAGCGCGUGUAGCUCGACGGACCCAGACAGAGGAUCUUACCAAGUCCCUCCCCGAGGGUUUCCCCAAGGAGCUCAAGGGAGACCUCGUUUGGGACGGAGAAACUCUUGCCCAGCACUAUGACUGGACGUACGUUCUUUCGGCUGAUCAACUAGAGGAGAUUGACAAGGCCCUUGCACACUUUAAAUCCCUCAAUAUCUCCAAGGGCUAUAUCACACAAGAGACCUUUCCCCUCCCCACGCUACAUGGCGAGCUGCGCCGUUUAUCUCGCGAACUACACUUCGGGCAUGGCUUCUUUGUCAUUAGAGGCUUAGAUGUUGAUCGGUACUCCCGUGAAGAGAACAUCAUCAUAUACGCCGGAGUCUCCUCCCACAUAGGCUCCAUACGGGGCCGCCAGGAUGCGUACUUCCAAGGCGAGCGCGCUGAUGUUGUGAUUGGACAUAUCAAGGACGUUCGCUCUGGUCUCGGCGAGUCUAGGGACAAGGCCAAGAUCAAGAUUGGAACACCUGCCUACACUGCUGACAAACAGGUCUUCCAUACCGACUCUGGAGAUAUCGUUUCUCUUUUUGCCCUAUCCACGGCCGCUGAGGGAGGUGCCAGUCGCUUGGCUAGCACAUGGCGUGUGUAUAAUCAUAUUGCUGCCACGCGGCCAGAUCUCAUUCACACUCUAAGCCAACGCUGGGACGCAGAACUCUUCACAAAGACGGUCAACGAUACCGACAAGUUCAUGAGCCGCCCACUAAUCCAUCAUCUGCCUGCCAGCGCCGAUGGGAAGACUCCUGAUAGAAUCCUUCUUCAGUAUGGACGCCGCUACUAUGUUGGCUUUGGAGAGAUACCUCGUGGCAAACAUCUACCACCUAUCACCGAGGCCCAGGCCGAAGCUCUCGAUACUCUGCACUUUCUGGGUGAGAGAUUCAGUGUAUCUACUAAUUUUGAGAAAGGCGACAUGCAGUAUGUAAACAAUGUGGCCAUUUUCCAUGCCCGUGACGGUUUCACCGAUACCAAGGAUAAGCAGAGACAUCUGCUCCGAAUAUGGCUUCGUGAUCCUGAGUAUGCAUGGGAGACGCCUGCGGCACUUGCCUCGAGAUGGGAGCGAGUGUAUGGUGGCGUGACGCCUGAGUUGCAGACAUUUCCUCUUGAGCCUCAUACCCGGAGUGAAAGCACAACAGCGGCGAAAUCGACGUCUUAG